UGAACCCGGGACCCGAAUGAACUGACCGGCUGUGUCUCACGGAUUCUAUGACGGGUCGCAGAUGAGCGCGAGGGUCGUACCGACAGCCGCCGCAGUCAGACCCUCCGAUCUUAUGAUCCGAUCUCAUUAGAACAGUCGAACAUGUAUAAAACACACUUGACGUGAAGACGUUUCGUGUCGUUAGACUCACGGAACGGGCGGUUUAUAUUUACGGUUGUUUUCUGUUUGUUUUCCGUCAAAGAGUCUUGAAUUUUGCGUCGGACCUGCGGACCAGUUUUACCUGCGCCUCCCGGAAACAUGGACGCAUCACCGCGUCGCGGCGCGAUAACCGCACGCGGAGGAGCCGUGAAUCUGCUUUCGCUCUUUAUAAUGUGCACGGGAGUUGUUUGUUUGCAGGCUUCAUCUGUGCAGUUCACUAAAGAGCCAGUGUCUCAGGACGCGCUUCAUGGCCGCAGUGCCAUCCUGGGCUGUGAGGUCAGUGACCCUGCGGUCGUGCAGUACUCAUGGAUGCAGGACGGUCGGGCCGUGCGGGACAAUGAGCGUCGUUUUCAGGAGGGCAGUAACCUGAAAUUCACAGCGGUGGAUCGUCACUUAGACACGGGCACCUUUCAGUGUGUGGCCCUGAACAGCGUCUCUGGAGAGAUGGUGACCUCCUCCAACGCUUCCUUCAAUAUUAAAUGGUUGGAGAGGGGUGCGGUCACCAUGAAUGAGCCCACCUCAGAGGCGGAGAUAGAGGAGGCCGAGCGAAUCGUGUUGCAGUGUCACAUCGAUGGACAUCCACGGCCCAGCAGCAAAUGGUUCAAAGACACAGUUCAGCUGACGGUGAAAGACCGAAUCCUCACGCUCAGUGACCUCACCCCAGAGGAUUCUGGGAUUUAUUACUGUUGUGCUCGUAACGCUGCAGGUCAAGUGUGCAGCAACAGCAACACCACACUCAAUAUCAUCGAUAAGACUCUUCCUCGUGUGCUCAUGGCUCCGGUGGAUCAGGUGGUCUUAAGGAACGAGGAGGCCGUGUUUCAUUGUCAGUUUCGAGCCACACCGGCGCCUGUGAUCGAGUGGAUCCACGAAUCAGAACCUGUUGUGAAUAAAUCACGGGUUGUUGUGUACUCUAACGGCACACUACACAUCACACAGGUCAGGCAGCGUAACACAGGUGUGUAUAAAUGUCUGGCUCGGUAUGGAGACAACAAACAUGUGCAUGUGGAAGCUGAGCUCAGAAUCUCAGAGAUUGAAGACAUGGGCGAGCGUAUGACUCGGGUCUUCUCCACCAACAACAGAGAGAUUGUGAGCUGUGACCCGCCGCGGGGUCUACCCGAGCCAGAGGUGUGGUGGGAGCGUGUAGGGGUCAGUGUGCUGUCCGAGGGCCGAGUGUAUCAGCGAGACGGGGAUCUGAUCUUCAAUCGCACAGAUAGAUCAGACUCGGGUGUGUACACAUGUGUCGCCCAGAACAAAGCAGGGAGGAGACAGCAGGAGCUGGAAGUGACCGUAGCCACCUCUCCAGAAUGGAUUGUCAGGCCUCAGGACACACACAUAGAAGAGGGUCAACCCGGUUACCUGCACUGUCACGCCCAGAGCACACCUGAACCUCAGGUCACAUGGUACCGCAAGAAGGUGGCCAUCACUAAUGAGGGCUCUCGCUACAAGCUCUUCUCUAACGGGACUCUGAUGAUCAACAGCGCGGAGGUGAACGACGCUCAGACCUACAGCUGUGUGUGUAAGAGUGAGGGCGGCUCUCUCACCGCACACGCUCAGGUCUUUAUCCUGGAGAAGCUGAAGUUCACCCCCGUCCCUCAGCGGUCGCAGUGCCUGCAGCAGGACAGAGAGAACAGCGUCAGCUGCAUCGCACAAGGACGAGAGCCGCCGACAAUACUGUGGAGAAGAACAGAUGGUCGUGAUCUUCCUCCUCACAUGCAUCAGCAGAAUGGAGUUCUUCGUUUCUCUACAGUGACUCGAGCUGACGGGGGAAAUUACACAUGUGUCGCAUUUAACAGUGUGCAGGGAGAAAUCAGAGCACAUGUUAACCUCACUGUAGGAGUUCAUAUAGAGUUUACGCUGGUGCCCGAGCAGACGACAGUAUAUCAGGGUCACACGGCUGUGUUUCACUGUCAGGCGUCAGGUGACCCGCCGCCCUUCAUCCAGUGGAAGCUGAAGGACAGACUGCUCCACAGCACCCCCGUCAGCAGGUUCCAGAAGAUGCCCAACGGUUCGCUGGUGAUCAGUGACGUCACCACAGAUGACACAGGCGUGUACACGUGUAUCGCUGGAAACAACUGUAACAUCAGAGACACAACGGCACAACUGUAUGUUGUGGAGAAGCCCAUUCACCCACGUGAUGAAGAUGAGGACAAGAGUCAGUUUAAGAUGUUUCAGACCAUCGCUCUGUCUGUGGCCGUGGCUGUAGCGUACAUCAUCGCUGUGCUUGGCCUCAUGUUUUACUGCAAACAGAGACGCAAAGCCAAACGUCUGCAGAAGGGUGGCAGCGCAGAAGAGCCUGAGAUGGAGCGUCUGAACGGUGGCGCUCCUCAGCAGAACGGCCAAUCAGGAGCGGAGAUUCAUGAGGAAAUACCUUUAACGGACCUGACAACCACAUCAGCCGAGAAACAACAGAACUACACAGACAAACUCCGGUUUCCCAGAACACAUCUGCAGACCAUCACUGCUCUGGGUAAAGGUGUGUUCGGCGAGGUGUUUCUGGCUAAAGCGCGGGCCAUCGAGGAGGGUCAGCAGGAGUCUGUGGUCGUGGUGAAGAGCUUGGAGAACUCGGACGAGUCGGUGCGCUCAGAGUUCAGACGAGAGCUGGAGAUGUUCAGUAGACUUCAUCACGCUCAUAUCGUGCGUCUGCUGGGACUCUGCAGAGACUCUCAACCACACUACAUGAUACUGGAAUAUGUGGAACUGGGUGACCUAAAACAGUUUCUCAGGAUCUCCAGAAGUACUGAUGACAAACUCAAAUCCCAUCCCAUCAGCACUAAAACUAAAGUGUCCAUCUGUGCCCAGGUGGCUCAUGGGAUGGAUCAUUUAUCAAGGCAGCGGUUCGUGCAUAAAGACCUGGCAGCUAGAAACUGUUUAAUCAGCGGACAAAGACACGUGAAGAUUUCAUCUCUGAGUCUCAGUCAAGACGUCUACAGCAGUGAGUACUAUCACUACAGACAGGCCUGGAUUCCUCUGCGUUGGCUCCCGGCUGAGGCUGUAUUCGAAAACAACUUCUCUGCUAAAUCAGAUGUUUGGGCGUUCGGUGUGCUCAUGUGGGAGGUCUUCAGUCUGGGUGAACUACCGUACAACUCACUUAAUGAUGACAACGUGAUGGAAGCUCUUCAGUCUGGAAAACUGAGUGGGUGUCCUCCAGAGAACUGUCCCAGCGCUGUCUGCAGUCUGAUGAGUCGCUGCUGGGCGUCCAGCCCUAAAGAACGACCCGGUUUCAGCGAGAUCGCCCGGACUCUGGCACACAUACCCACAGACACUAAAGUCUAAUGGAUCAUCACAUGUUUCACUGCUACAAUCAGAGACUCUGUCGAGACUCAAUCCUGCACAUUUCAGACACUAGAGUUUGUGUCCAGAUCACUUUGACCAUCUUAAAACCAUGUGUGUGUGUGAGGUGUAACACACGCUUAGAUCCAGGGAGCUCAAUCUGCCUUAAUAAUGGCAUGACGACGGUCGUUUACCGUUUCGCUGCGUUACUUCAACCCGACGGUGGUGUUGUGUCAGUGGAACCUCAGGGACUUUCUGUCAGCACAGGACAAUCACACAAACACAGACACGUGAACACAACUGUACAUGGAGGGCUCACAUCCCUCGAGUCUGUAGUAUGUACAGUAAUUGCUGUGGUACGUGUUUAUGGGUCAAAACUGUGCGUAAAACACACUGAUGUCACACACGCUGUGACGUCACCCGUCCACGACGAAAGUAAACCUGCUGCACAACACGACAAUCACAGUCCAUCAUAUGUAUUAAAAAACACAGCUAUGCAGUCCUGUCAACAGGUGAAAAGCUUUUAUCUCGCGUGUGUGUUAGGACGCAGUGUAAGGUGAAUGAUUAUAUUCUACAGACUGAAAUUCUAAGCUAUAAUUGAUGUAUUUGCUGAGUAAUAUGCUGUGAGAUCUGUCGGGUCGAGGUGCUCACAGGAGACUGCGUUACUGUAAGAAAUAGAGAUGCAAUGCCUUAAAUUGCAUACGUAAACCAUAAUCGCAUGUAUCAUCCGUCUGUCUGUCUCAGUUAAAACACAAAAUCCACAUAUGUGACCCAGGACAACAAAACCAGUCUUAGCUCAAUAUUUUGAAAUUGAAAAUUUUUACAUAAUGUGAAAGCUGAAUAAAUAAGAUUUCUAAUGUUGUAUGUGUAAUUAGAUGAGGACGAUAUCUGGCUGAGGUACAACAGUUUAAAGAGUGAUUUUUUUUGUUGUUGAGAAAAUGGCCUUUGAAGUUAUUAAUUUUAGGCACUGUGGCAGGACAUCCACUCACAAAAAAUAAAAGUUUUUAAGGUAGGAAAUUUACAAAAUAUCUUCAAAGAACAUGAUCUUUACUUAAUAUCAUAAUGAUUUUUGGCAUAAAAGAAAAAUAAUAAUUUUGACCCAUAUAAUGUAAAAUGUUCCUGUGCUACUUUAGACUGGUUUUGUGAUCCAGGGGUCACAUAUAUCCUGAAAGGUCAGGUGUGAAUGUGUGAUGAAUAGGAUGUUGUCUGGGGAUCACGUGUAUGUGUGAAUGUUGUGUGUUUGUGCAUGUUUUGGAUGAAAUAGUUUUCAACAGGUCAAUACUGACGUUUACUCAAAGUGCCUAGAAAAUGAAGGAUCGUUUGCUGUUUUUUUACAGUAUGUUUUUAACGCAGAUUCCUCCCGUGUUCUUUUAUAUAAUCUUUUGUAUUAUAUUUUCUGUGUGUGUGUACAAAAGCUCCGUCUGUUCACAUUUGUUUUCUGGUGUUUUUAUGACACUCGUGGUUUUAUAUUCUGCUUCAGUAAAGGUCACAGUAAUCUGCUGCUCUCAUUAAACAUUCACGUUUUUAACA